CACGUCCUUAAAAUCUCUCUCUCUCUCUCUCUCUCUCUCAUAUUCAUCUGAAACAUAGCAUUCUCUUGCUGCCUCUCUUUGAUCAAGACCUAACCAUGGGUGGCAACCCUCCCUGUGCAUCUUGCAAGCUCCUCCGCCGCCGCUGCGCAAAGGACUGCAUCUUUGCACCGUUCUUUCCGGCAGAUGAUCCCCAAAAGUUUGCGAAUGUGCACAAGGUCUUCGGAGCCAGUAAUGUUAGCAAGAUGCUCCAGGAACUUCCGGUGCACCAGAGAGCCGAUGCUGUGAGCAGCCUAGUGUACGAGGCGAACGCCCGCGUGAGAGACCCUGUUUAUGGCUGUGUUGGGGCCAUCUCCUAUCUUCAACAGGAAGUAUCGCGGCUUCAAAUGCAGCUAGCUGUGGCUCAAGCUGAGAUUGUGUGCAUUCACAUGCAACAAGAGCCCUUGCCCCUCCCCAUUGAAGAACAACCUAUGGACCACAAGCCAAUGCUUCACUACAACAGUCUCCUCAACUUCUCCUCUCCUCCUCCUCCCUCUGAGACCCUAGGCAAUAGGGAAUCUCUUUGGACAUGAUUCUACUACAAAAAAACCAUAUAGUUGUACUUAUCAUCAGAAGAAAGAGAGAGUGUUAGUUUCUAAAUAGAUCAAGUGUGAGAAAGGUUAGGUUUUUUAAAGGUUCAAGAGAGAUGAGAUGAGGGUUUGUUUGUACACAUUAAAUUUUAGGUC